AUGGCCAUGAGCGACGGCGCCUGCACCUCGCUUCUGCUGCUUCCCGUGGCCAUGCUCCUCCUCCAACAAGCCGCCCUCUCGUCGGCAGACUUCCCUCUCGGCGGCCAGGUCGCCGUGCGGUUGCCUCCGGCGCCGUACCAGCCGGGCUUCGCCGCGAGGGUCGUGGUGCUCAAUGCCCAGGGCAAGCAGCAGCCUGGCUUCGUCGCAGCCGUGAGCGCGGAGGCCCGCGCGGGAAGAUACACGUGCUCGCUGGUCGUCCUCCUGGGCGACGUCAAGGUCUGGGCCUCGGACCAUCUAGAAAAGUUUGUGCCGCCGGUGGGCUCCCUGUGCCGGCUCGAGCUCACAGGGGACGGCCAGCUGCGGCUGGCUGACGGCGCCGGGACCGUCGGGUGGCUGUCCGGCACGGCGGGGCAAGGAGUCAAGGCUCUACAGUUGAAUCGCAACACCGGCAACCUCGUCCUCCUCGACGCCCAGAACCACACAAGGUGGCAAAGCUUGGACGAUCCGACAGACAAAUUCCUACGCGGACAACAACGUAGAGUACCCUCGUACUUCAUCGCGUCCACGACACAGGUUAUGUCCUCGGCGUUCUACUCCUUCGAGCUCGACGGCGACAAGAUCGCCACCUACGUCAACUUUGGGCAAACCAAGUACUUGUACUCCUACUGGGAGCUGGCCCCUAGAGCCAACCGGACGAUGGCAUCGGCAAGACUCAACGGGUCGGGGCUAAGGAUGCUCGACCCACAGGGGACGACGGUGGCACGGAUCAUUGCACCGGUGAAGAAGCCAUCCAUCAGCUUCUUGGCGCUGGGAGACGACGGCAACCUGGGGAUGUACUACUACGAUGCUCAUCACCAGAAGUUCAGGGCCUCGUACAAAGCUAUGGGGUUCUGCGAGCUCCCGCUUUCCUGCAGCGUUCAUGAGGUAUGCUCUACCGCCGGGAAAUGCACCGACUUCUCCAUGUACGCCGAUAGGCCAGAGCGCGCUGGCAAUGCCAGCAGCAGCCUCUGCAACGGGACCGGCGCGGAGGAGUGCAUGGUCCACUUGAGGGGCGUCACCACGAUGCUCAGGACCGCGUCGCCGCUGACCAACAUGGCGCUGUGGCAGUGCGUGGAGCUGUGCGCCCACAACCUCUCGUGCAACGCCGCGCUCUACGUGAAGGACAACGCCAGCGUCGCCACGGCCGACCACGGCGUAUGCUCACUCUACACGCUGUCGGCGGGGGGCAGGGAGGUGGCCGGAGGGAGCCGCCGGUACAGCUACUGGGUGAAGCUACGUGCAGGAGGAGGAGGUGACGAGGACGUGGAUGACGACGCUGGUUUUCACGGCAUGAUCACCAAGAUCCUAAUGAUCUGCGGGGCGAUCGACGUGUUCUGCGCGCUGGUGUUCGCGGUGCUCAUUGCUUUGUAUAUUCGGCGUCUUCGUAAGCUCGCAGCCCCAGCCGCAGCGAACGAGCCUCAAGAGGCCGAAGCCGAGGCCGUGGAGCAAAAUAGAAACGACAGCAAUAGGGCUGUACAAAACUGA